UUUUUUUAGACGGAGGAAGUAUGUUGAUCAUCUGGGUGCCAUCUCCAAGUUCUCCAAUGGUCAAGCAAGUACUCGGUUACCUGUACCUACAUAUAUAUAUAUACCAACAGCACCCGAAAGACCCAAACUUUCCAACCACCAGAUGGCUCUGGCAAUGUCAUCAUGGCGAUUCGUCUCUUUUUUCAUGCACGUAGCUCUUCUUUUUUUCUCGGGUCCUGGCUUUCCUCAUGUAGCCAGGAGCUCUCCACCAGCCGGGAACCAGACCGACCGUCUAGCCUUGCUCGAACUCAAGGCUGCGAUAACCAGUACCGGUCCCUUUGGAAAUCUCAACUCAUGGAACGAAUCCGUCCACUUUUGUCUAUGGGUUGGUGUAACAUGUGGCCGGCGACACCAGAGGGUCACUAUCUUAGACCUUGAUCAUCAGAAUCUAACCGGGCAUAUUCCGCCUCACAUAGGAAAUUUGAGCUUUCUCAGGGAACUAUGGUUGCGUAACAACAGCUUGAGUCAGAAUAUUCCUUCGGAACUCAGUCGCUUGCGAAGGCUGCAAAUCCUGUCGCUUCGAAAUAAUUCACUUACCGGUGAAAUUCGGGCCAAUAUAUCUCGGUGCUCUAACCUUGCCGCCCUUGAACUUUCUGGCAAUAUGUUGACAGGGGGAAUUCCCACGGAGCUCGGUUCCUUGACUAAGCUCGAGAUACUGUACCUUGGAAGAAACAAUCUAACAGGAGUUCUUCCUCCUACUCUCGGAAAUAUAUCGUCUCUUGCAGUUCUUUAUGCUAAUUAUAAUAGUAUUAGCGGCAAAAUACCAGAUGCUCUUGGUCGUUUGAGUAGAUUAGAUGCUUUUGCGUUGGGGGUAAACAAGUUGUUUGGUACCGUUCCUUCUUCAAUCUUUAAUCUAUCUUCUAUGACCAUGUUCAUAGUGACACUUAAUCGGAUUCAUGGGAGCCUUCCUUCAAACCUCGGAGAUAGUCUUCCUAAUCUUCAGUUCCUUGACAUUGGUGGGAAUAUGUUUACUGGAUCCAUUCCUAUUUCAAUAUCUAAUGCCACGAGUCUGUUUCAUAUUGGUUUAGCAAUCAAUAAUUUUACGGGAAAAGUGCCUCCUUUGUCAAAGCUGCAUAAUCUUAUUCGGUUAAUAUUAGCAGACAAUCAUCUCGGAGCCGGGGAAGCCAGCGACUUGACUUUUAUCAAGUCCUUAACAAAUGCCACCAAUCUGAACCACCUAAGCGUAGGCGGAAACAAUUUUGGAGGUUUGUUGCCUGGUGAAAUCAGCAAUUUCUCCACUGAGAUUGUCUUUUUACACAUGAGGGGAAAUAGAAUAGUCGGUGGCAUCCCAGUUGGAAUAGAGAAUCUGGUAAACUUGCAGAUUCUUGAUUUUUCAACCAACCAUUUGACAGGUGAAAUUCCUGUUGACGUAGGAAAGCUUCAAAAGUUGCGGACUUUCGGUCUCUCUAACAACAAGUUCCAAGGGGUCAUCCCGUCUUCUUUCGGAAACUUAACUCGGCUAGCAACUCUUCGGUUGUCUGGAAACAAUCUCCAUGGAAGCAUCCCUUUGAGUCUGCGUAGUUGCCAAAUGCUCGUGGAACUAAGACUUGAUCGAAACAAUCUAACCGGUACCGUAGCUAGAGAACUUCUGAGCCUCUCAUCCUUAUUGUACCUCGAUAUUUCUCAAAACAAUUUGACUGGUUCCCUACCACUGGAAAUUGGAAACUUAAGAAAUCUAGAGGAACUAGAUGUUUCUGACAACAUGUUAUCUGGUAAGUUUCCUAACAGUCUUGGUAGUUGCGUAAAACUGAGGUUGCUAAUGAUGAAGGGGAACAAAUUUUGGGGGAUUCUUCCUUCAUCUUUGAGUAAUUUGAGAGGAAUGGAGGAAUUAGAUCUUUCUCACAACAAUUUCUCAGGGAAAAUCCCGGACUAUUUAGAGGGCUUCAUCUUCUUGCGUACUUUGAAUCUUUCCUUCAAUGAUUUUGAGGGUGUCGUUCCUCAAAGAGGCAUAUUUAGCAAUGCAACGGCAGUUUCCAUUAAGGGGAACAAGCAGCUCUGUGGGGGAAAACCCGAGUUAAAGUUGCAAAGCUGCAUUUCCAAAGAGUUGAGAAAGAAAGGAUUUACUCAAACCAUGAAAAUUAUAUUUUCCAUAUGUUUUGGGAGUCUAGGACUACUUCUGUUGUUGUGUUUCCUAUAUCUACACUGCAUUAGAAAGACAACAAAAGUACCAUCGUUCGAGCAUUUACGGAACCCCUUUGUGCAAUUGUCCUAUCAAAGUCUACUUAAGGCCACAAAUGGGUUCUCUCCAGCAAAUUUGAUUGGUGAGGGUAGCUUUGGUUCAGUGUAUAAAGGAACUCUCGAUCGAGGUGGAAAAUUAAUUGCUGUGAAGGUACUCACUGCAUGUUCAAGUGUUGAUUACAAUGGCAACGAUUUUAAAGCUCUGGUUUAUGAGUUCAUGGCCAAUGGGAGCCUAGAGGAGUGGUUGCACCCGAAUGAGAACGACCAAAAGGAGCAUGAGAUGUCUAAGUGUUUAAACAUUCUGCAGAGACUGAAUAUAUCAAUUGAUGUUGCGUCUGCACUUGAUUAUCUUCACCAUCACUGUGAAGCUCCAAUAGUUCAUUGUGACCUGAAACCGAGCAACAUUCUUCUUGACAGUGAAAUGAUCGGACAUGUGGGGGACUUUGGGCUAGCGAAAUUUGUUUCAGAAGAUUCCUAUGACUCCUCAGCAAACCAAUCUAGUGCUAUGGGCAUAAGAGGAUCUGUUGGUUAUGCUGCACCAGGUAAAUAA